AUGGCGUCCACGAAUCUGCAGCAAGGGCAUAGCUUGUACUCACCUCUCGACCAUAAUAUUCGUCUCAUCGAAAUCCUUCCUACCUUCCCGGGCCACCAAGUGCAAUGCAAGCUGCACACGGAGAUUGUCGUCGAUGGAAUCCGCAAGCAAGUCACCGUUAACCUCGCCACGGCCCUCAGACACCUGAAACAGCACUGGUCCGAGAUCAGGGCCAGACCAGGGGAAUAUCACGAUCCUUUUGAGUUACGUGUCUGGGCCGAUGCGCUGUGCAUCAACCAGGACAACCAUUUCGAGAGAACGCCUCAAGUCGGGCUGAUGGCCGAUAGCUACUCUUCAGCUGAUAUGGUACUUGCCUGGCUGACUUCCAAUGACCGAGAUCUCGUCUGUGCUUUCACAAUCAUGCACAAGCUCCUUCAUUAUGCAGAUCUAUAUGACUACCAGGCAAAACCAUGGCCAAGAUAUUCAGUCGAGGAAUACAACUGGUUCCAAGAACUAAAGAUUAACUUUCCCUUGCGGCUGAACAAAGAUACGGAAGCCGAGAUGGCGUUCUCAAAGUUCUGGCGACUCAGCUUCUGGACCCGAGUGUGGACUCAACAAGAAGUCAUCCUUGCCAAAGAACUCUACUUUAUCACACCAUCACAAAGGAUAUACUACAAGGACUGCAUAUUGGUCAACACAUUGAUUAAAGCAUAUCUCGAGGACUCGCUCAGUCCAGCGCCAUUUUCCCCGUUCAUCAACCUGCCGAAGAAUGAGGCUACCAAGAUGUUGGAGUACCAAUGUGGAGCCACGAGUCUUCUUGAAAUAAAGCGCCAUACUGAGGUGCCUACAAUAAGGGUUCCUGGAAUUGGCCUGUACCUCUCAGGUCACUUGCAGGCUACUGACAAGUUGGAUUACGUCUACGGCCUACUUGCAUUGACCAAAGCGCCCAUCGUGCCAGACUACGCAAAGUCUGUACAUGAGGUGUACUGGGAGUUUGCAAAAUGGCUGGUGGAGGAAUGCAACAAAAUUUCGAGGAUCAUUCCCCGUGCACUGCCGUUUAACGCGGGCUUCUUUGGAUUUUUGGAUGCAAAUGCUGUCGGAAUUAGAUAG